UAUGCCGCUAGCCUCGUCUCCUAAGAAAACGCUGGUUUUAAAGGGAAACCAAGGUUGUUGAGGUCUGUGGCGGGGCAUAGCAGGUUGAAGGUUGCUGCCGGCUGCAGGGCCCUGUGGAGCAGAAGAGCUGUGCCAUUUCCCCUUUUUCCUCUCAUGUCCCCCCCCCUGUGUGUUUCCCUGUGUGUUAUUGACUCACACUACCCCACCCACCCCCUACCUGGUCCCCCCUGUCGUGUCGCCACUCCAGCCCAAAGCCCCCCUCUCACCCCAUGCUUGGGACAAAGCCAGCUCACUGCCAGCCCAAUGACUGCCUGGAUCGUCCUGCCUGUCAGCCUGUCUGCCUUCUCGAUUACAGGAAUAUGGAUAGUGUAUGCGAUGGCCGUGAUGAAUCACCAUGUCUGUCCUGUGGAGAACUGGUCUUACAAUGUAACGUGCACAGAAGAGCUGCCCCGACCGGGCUUCCCCAAGACAUGCUGUACAAUCCAGGACAUCCCCCUCAUCAGUAAAUGUGGCUCCUUCCCUCCUGAAAGUUGCCUCUUCAGCUUGAUCGGCAACGUUGGAGCAUUCAUGGUGGUGAUGGUGUGCCUUCUGCGCUACGCCCAGUUGAUCGAACACAGCCACCGAUGUUGGAUCAACACCAGCGCCCUGGUGUCCGGCUGCACCAACGCUUUGGGUCUGGUCAUGGUGGGAAACUUCCAGGUGGAUCACGCCAAAUCUCUCCACUAUGUGGGUGCUGGAGUGGCUUUUCCAGCAGGGCUGCUGUUCGUGUGCCUGCAGUGUGUGCUCACCUACCGGGUGGCCGUCACUGCCCUUGACUACUGGAUGGCCCAUUUCCGAGUUGCUCUUACACUGGGAGCCAUGGUGUCCCUUGUCCUGAGCGGCAUUUUCUUCAUCCACGAGAGCUUUGUCCUGCAGCACGCUGCAGCCAUCUGCGAGUGGGUCUUCACGGUGGACAUCUUGGUUUUCUACGGCACCUUCACCUACGAGUUUGGCACCGUCACCAGCGAGACCCUGAUGGUAGGCCUGCAGCAGAGUCACCACAUCGGUUCCGGGGUUCUCAUGGGCGGCAGGGCCCGAGGCUCAACAAUGGGUGGGGCGACUAAGGGCCUCAAGUCCCCCGGGGGAAGCAGCACGUCCACACACCUCAACUGUACGCCAGAGAGCAUUGCCAUGUUGUAGCUCUGCAUUGCUGACCCGACGGUUUGCAGAGGUCCAUCAUGGGCUAACCCAGGACUGCAGGACAUCCGAGGCAGAGGAGGAGUCCUGAUGGGUUUAACCAUUGAACCAACACCAGGUUAUCCCAUCUGCAAUGCUCUACUAUUCCUUUUUAUUUUUUCAACUUUGUUGGUGCAAGCCACUGCAGUCCAAUCCCUUUUAGCGGUGGUUGAGUGGGCGGAGCUAGCGCGAGCACUGGAACCAUGAACGUUGACUUCACAUCACUGGUGAGCCCACAGGGGUUUUUGUUCCCUACAUAGACCCCCCCUUCAUGGACCACCCAAUGCUCAGCGUGGUCCACCUGCUUUGGCCUUUUGCUUCUCUCUGCACGGCAAUGUUUUUGAAUGAGAGGAUUACAAUUUAUGAUUGAGUUUUGACUUUGUACAAAAUGUUGAAUGUUUGAGAACAACAGUUCUGUAUGUUUUACAGGCUGUAAGCAUAUGGCCUUUUUUAAUAUCAGUCGGUCAAAUGACAAAAAUCAUUCAUUUCACUCGACAGUUGAUGAUUUUGAAUGCAAAUAUUGAUGGUAUUUUUUAAAUGAUUUUACUCGUGUGGCUGGUGUGGGAGUGCAGGAUUGCUGCGUAAAGCUGUUCUUUGUUGAAAGGACUCGGACCGUGUGCGUCUCAAUCACUUGUAACUGCAGAGCUGUGCAGUGUUCUGCUUUGAUGUCAUUCCGUUAUCAUCCAACACGUGUCAUGAGCUGACUACUUAUUUCAAGCAUUUACAUUUCAUGCUAUCUUUUUAUUUAAUUGACUGUUAAGUCUGGUGCAAUAAUGCCAUCAAUCAUCUGAUCAUUUACACUCUGCUGGAGUGAAAAUUGCCUUUUUCAAUGUGCUUUUCUUUUUUUUUUGUUACGCCAAAACAUAUUAAGUGACCUACAUGUUUUAGUAAAACGAGUAGAUGUGAAGGUAAAUGUAAUCCGACUAAAACCUUUUCAAAGAAACGUAGUUCUUGCCCACACACUGAUUUGAUUCCAGGCUGGACCCUUGGAAGCCUUAUUUUAUUUUUGAGGAUGAGAUGAGGAUGAAUAUAAUGCUGCGAUAAACUUCAUGGCGUUACAAAAGUGUCUAUGCAGUGUUACGGACGCAUAGUACCACACCGGUUGUAGGCUGAAAGGAGAGUAUGUUAUUUAUUACAUUUGUGUAUGAUUUUGUGUUGCCAUUUUCUCUUGAAGUGAUAUUUGCUAUUGUGAAUUAGCUUCUCACCAGACUGCCACAAACUACCACUGCUCUAACGUAAAAUGACUAGUCCCACCCGAUUUAGGAUACACACUGGGACUAUGUUGUUUUUUCCUCUGUGAGCUGUGUGAGAAAUAUGCUUCAUGCCCCUCAGUAUUCUGCCCUCUGGGUAGUGUUGAUGCAUUUUGAACUGUCUAACCACUGGAUGCCAGCAAUACACGUUUUUAAAAAGGUCACAUCACCUACCUCUUUUAUCUUUUGUGGGUUUGAUGUUCCGAAGGACAAGCUAGAGUUCCAACAUGUUUCCCAUCCUCAAUGGUCUGGAAAGUGUUUUAUAUGACGGCAGCUCAGCAAUCCACAGCUGGAUCCACAGUCUCAACAAGCAUCUGCAUUUUGACAGGACCGUGGAUCUGCUGUUACACGAGCUGCACAAUCAUACGUCAGGUCAGUUUUCUUUACUUUUUGUGCCAAUUAUUAUUAUUAUUUAACUCGCUAUUAUUUCUGGGACCGUAACAAGCCUGUCUUGCUCUGCAUAUCUUGCCAAAAAAAAGACUGGAAUUCACUAGAGUUUUGAUUGGUUUUGUGUGUGUCGCAUUAGUUGUAUGAAUUGAUACGAGUGCACUGUUUGGCCUUAUCCCUCGUACUGUGCCGGGGGAACAUGCUCAUUUAUUUUAGUCAUGUGUUCAGUUGUAGCCUAUCUCACCAAACUGUAACUACGUCACAUGGUGUGACUACAAACGGCAGCUUGUAUGAGCCCUCACAUCAGGGCCGGAUGUAUUCUGUAAACACAUCUGUUCCAUACCAUCUUCCGCAGGCAAACUUUUAAGGUAGAUUUUACGUUUUUGUUUUUUUCUUCUCUGAAAGUGUACACUCAAGUAAGCUUUUAAUUUGGUGACCCUUGUUGGGUAAAGAAUCAAUUGUUUGAAAAAGCUGACCUGUACAUGUCUUGAACUCUUUACAGCCACACAGAAAAAGUCUGAAACGUAUGCUACUUAAUUCCUCAAUUUCAAAAUGUGUCAAAGAAUGGAAUAGCCCAAAACAAGUCAACACAGAUUUAGUUUCUUUUUAUAAAUAAUUUAAAUAUGUACAAUUUGUCUAUCAUUUAGUUCAUUUGACAGAGAUUUAUAUUCAAAUAUGAAAUAAAAAUGAUAAGUUGUA